AACCCCCAGCCAGGUGUGUGGGGUCAGUACAGUGGGAGGACUGGAUGCAGCACAAGAAGGAAUACUCCAUACCGCAAGACUCCCCGGAGCCGACGCCUUGGCCUCCAAGGCUCAAAGUCUGCACUGUUAGAAAAGACGCCCCCCUCCACAAGACACGCUCCAAGCUUUAAAGGUCUUGUGAACAAGACAUGGAAGCUGUAUCGGUUAUCUCCCUUGUACAACUUCACACCUACGUCAAGUCAUUUGAGGAGAUAUGGAACUUCUCUCUCAGUUUUAGUAGGCGAGCGACAGAGAAAAAGCUUAAUAACAGAAACUAAGGACUUGGUGCGAUCCCUGAUCAGCCCUUAUCGAGAGCUCAGUGUGGGCCCAGAUGAUCCCGAGUGCAUUCAAAUUCUCAUCACUGGAAAAACUUUGAAAGAUAUCCCUACGACAUUGGUCACAGGGUUCAUGUUCGGGGUGGAGCUUGAGGACAGCUUGGUCUCGUCCAGCAAUGAUCACUUCAAGCACUACCCAGUCCUUAUGGUGAAGGGGUCAGUGUCUCUCUGUAAGGCCCUCACAGACUGGCUGGAAAGCAAAUUUGAUUGUAGAGUGUCAGCCUUGACCUUCUCCUCAGUUGACCUCAGCUGGAUGGUGGCCAUGUGGAGUGGGUUAUCAAAAGGUUUAAAGAAAAAGCCAGUGGAACUCGUGUACACAGUGCCGGAAGAGGUUGAAGGACUGAGGAAGAUUACCUACAGUAUUGAUCCUGAGGACUGCCAGAGGCUGUGGGACGGCAUACAUACCAGCAGCACUAAUGAAUUCAGUGAAGAGGAAGUGAAGACUUUUAUGGACUGUUUACAGUCACAUUUCUAUGGUUGCUUUAAAGUUCACCUCUCAUCUAUGUUUCUGACGAGAAUUGGCACAUCCACAGUAUAUGUUGGGAGUGAUGGCAAAAUAAAAUUCUUCACUGAAAGUGGGGUGAUUCCAGUGCUAAGGUUCAUCAGUGAACUUUCUGUGGAGAAGUCAAAAAUCUUAUAACAGCAAUGGAAGCACAGGAAUUCACCCUCUCAUUUAGUUGUGACUGUCGCUUUCACUACAAUGCUUUUCUGUCGGCCUUGUCUGUGAGACCACCACAAUGAUAAUGAAAUGUUGUGGUUGAAGUUCUUUGAUCCAAUGAAGAACCUGGGUAAUAUUUGUGUCAUAGGAGAAUGUAUAUUGAAUAGAUAACUGAAGCGUAUUAAAUAAAUACAUGUUUCAUGGUGGUGACAGAUAAAGAGUAACUGCAAACCUCACCAUUGUUACAUUAGUAAUGCUGCUUAUAUAAGGCAUAUAUAGAAGAGUGAUACAUAAGCCUUGUCUUACAACAGCAUCCUGAUCAUGUUUGAAGUUUCCAUCCCUGCAGCCCUCUUGAGGAUCAAGUAAGCUCAUUCACUUCCUGACUUCAUGUGAGGCACCCGUGAAGAUCAGGGCUAGAAUUAAUCUUCAGUAACCCAUGCUUGUCCUAAGAGGCUAACGGGAUCGGGUGGUGAGGCUUCGCUGGCUUGGUUGACACAUGUCAUCGUAUCC